CGCGAGGCCAGCGGGAUGAUGCUCCGUACUCCGCCGCAGCGGAAGCGGCGCGCCGAAGCCGACGCCGACCUCGACCUGGACCUCGACCCUGACCUCGCCGCCGCCGUCGCCGUCGCCACCGGCCGGACCCCCGUCUCCGACCGCCGCCUCGUGCUCUAUGACCGCCCCGCAGGCCUCGUAGCCGGCCCCGGCCCCGGCGAGCCCUCCGACGACAUGGUCUGCACCUACCACUGCCGUCAGAUGGUGAAGUCGGAGUUCGUGGUGGCACUGGACACCGCAGAGAAGCAGGUUCAGGAGUAUCGAGUAUUACUUGACACAUUGGAGAAGCAAAUAUCCAAGAGUGAGGAUGAAAGGACUACAUAUAAGGAUAAACUGAACUAUGCUGAACAAGAACUAGCAGCAACAAAAGGGCGGGAGAGUGCAUUGCAAGAACGGCUAUUGAAGGAGCUGGAUGGGUAUAACGAACGAUACCGAGAUCAAGUCAAGAAGAGAGGGGAACUUGAGGUUCAACUCAAUAAAGAGAUUGAUUCUCGAAUUAGUGCCGAAUCAUCAGCAGCAUCUGCGAAGGAGUCGGUGAAGGAGUUGGAACGGACUUUGAAGAAAUUGUCAGAAAGUUCAGAAAGGGAGAAGAAAGCCCUUAAGAAGGAACUUUCAUAUAUGCAAGACGACUCAAAACUAUCCAUCGCUAAACUGAAUGCUGAGCUGGAGAGAAUGAGUCUGAGGGCCCAAAACUCUGAGAAGGAAGCAAAGAUGUUAACUGAGCAGUUGGAGGACUUGAAGAAGAAAUUAGACGAGUGUCUUCGCGAAAAGAAGGAAACAGAGCACAGGCUAUUGGAUUCUGGUGCUCUGUCUGUUCAGCGUAAUCCAACUGAUGAUCAGAAGUUAAUAAAGCUUUUGCAAGAGGAGCUCCGAAACUAUGAAAAAGAAGUGCAUGAAGCUAGAAGGCUAAAAUCUGUCCACACAAAUGUUGAGCUGCUAAGUGAAAAGCUUUUGGAGGAGCAGGGACGAAGGGAACGGGCCGAAACCGAAUUAUCUAAGCUGCGAGAAAUCGAAGUGAAAGCACAUAAGUUGGAGCUGGAAUUAGCGUCAUGUACAUCAUUGCUUAGCAACAUACCUGAUGUGUCUUCUUACAGCAACUUUGCAGAUUUGCAACGGCAAGCAUUGACAGACUUGAAUAAACUUGGUGAAGUAACAUCACGUUUGAAAGAAUUGGAGGUUACGUUAGAAUUUGCUGAGAUCAGCAAGCAACGUGCAGAAGGUGAAGCUACCCUUGUCAAAGAGAGAGCAGAAAGUGCUAGCAGGGAGGUGAAGCGGCUUGAACUUCUGCUUACUGCAGUCAGUGAAGAAAGAGAUAGAUUACGAAAAGACCAUACUAUGUUAUCUAGCCAAAAAUCUAGGGACGGAGAUGACACAUCAUUUAAGAAAAUGGAACCAGAUCUAUCUCAAAUGGAAAAGGUAGUAAGAGAACUAGAGAGCUCUCUACACGAGCAGAGAACACUAAUUAGUCAAAAAAAUGCAGAGCUCAAUCUGAAGAAUGAAAAGUUGAGCAUUGAAGCAAGAAAAGCAAAAUCUUUGGAGCGUGAGGGAGAUCAACUGCGCUCUCAGGUGGCAUUACUCGAGUCAAAGCUGGGUCAUGGAGAUUACUCUGCCUCAAGCACAAAAGUACUUCGUAUGGUAAAUACUCUUGCAGUGGAUAGUGAAGCAAAGCAGACAAUAGAAACACUGCAAGCUGAGUUAAAGAAAACAAAAGAGAGGCUGCAGGCAAUCGAAGAACUAAAAGGACAAGCUGAUGCUGGAACUGUAGUAGAUGUAAAUGUUGCUGAAAAGCUAGCACAGCUUAAAAAUCAAGUUGCCACACUAGAGAAACGUGAAGAAAGAUAUAAGGCAGUAUUUUCUGAGAGGAUCUCAGUCUUCCGAAAGGCUUGCUGCUCGCUUUUUGGCUAUAAGAUAGUGAUGAAUGAUGAGCAGCAGUCAAAUGGGAUUCACGUAACACGAUUUACGCUGCAAUCAGUAUAUGCCCAAAGCGAUGAUGAAAAACUUGAGUUUGUCUAUGAAUCAGGAAGCACCAAUAUCGUGGUCAAUGGCUACACGUCUCAACAAGAGAUUGCUCAGCAGGUCGAGAUUUUCAUAAGAAAGAUGAAUUCCAUCCCGGCCUUCACUGCUAACCUGACAAUGGAAUCCUUUAAUAAGAGAAGUAUAUGUUGAGUACAAAAUGAGUGAGAAAUCAUAUUCCUGCAUUAUGUUUGAAGCAUGCCAUGAAAUUUUAAUGAUUGGCGGAACAAAUUCGUUUUCUGGCGGGCUCCCUAAACCCAGUAUCUGCAGCUAUGUUGGGAUAAGAAGUUGAGUUGAAGGUUGUUCCUGGCGCAUGGUACUAUCAUAUGGAUUCCAUUUGAGUUCCAACACUGUAUAUACCAUUAUACCGGCACAUAAACUGUAAUCUAGCACUGAAAGCUUGCUGGGUUUUGUGAAGUAGCAACUUUGGGAAUACAGCAAUAUAUUCUCUGGGGGAGAACGCAUCGUAUGUACUGUUGAGUUACCAUGCAAAUAACGGCCGUUCGUAGGUGCAAAUUGGUUUCUACUUCAGUUGGUUUCGAAUUGAGCUGUGUUUAUCGUUGACAUGCUAGCAUUAACCACGGUUGCUUUUGCGAUACGUUUGUUGCAGCUGACUCUGUAACUCUUUUUGUGACUCAAAGCACGGCGAUUCUUUUUCGUCCUGACCUUUGAC